AUGGUACCCUCGAAGGGUGCAGCGAAGGCUUCAGUUAGUGCAGUAGACAGCAGCAGCAUGCUGGCAACAGCAUCAACAGCUGCAACAGCAUCAACAGCAACUGCAGCAGCGACGGCAGCUGCAGCAACAGCAGCAGCAACAGAUGCUAGCUACCCGCCGAGCCUUGCGCGCAAAUCCGCCAAAAAUAAACCCAAAAAAUGCUCCCCUGCAAACCAGCAGCAGCAGCAGCAGCAGCAGCAGCAGCAGCAGCAGCAGCAAAGAGCAAGGCUGUGUCAGGAAAGCGCAACAACCGAAGGGCUCGCUGCAGAACGGCACUCCCAACCCAGCAGCAGCAACAGCAGCAACAGCAGCAGCAACGGGAACAGCACGGCAGUACGCCUCCAGCAGCAGCAGCAACAGCAGCGGCAGCAGCAACAGCAGCAGCAGCGGCAGCAGCAGCAGCAGCAAAAGCAGCUUGCCUUGUAA